UUUAAACCUCAUUUUCUCACUUCCUCUCGAACCCUUCUCACUUUCCCACUUUCACUCGUACCAGUAGCUUUUUCCGGCGCCGCCACCGUCGACGGCAUUAUUAUUUCAGAUCGUUGUUAAAGUUCAGCUUUUGGGUUUCAGCUUCGCAUCUCCAUUUUCUUUCGAAUGGCGAUUGACAAAAUCUUCAAAGAUGAAGCCACUGAAGAAAAGGGAGAGCGCGCUAGGAUGGCGUCGUUUAUUGGAGCAAUGGCAAUUGCUGACUUGGUAAAGACAACCUUAGGACCUAAGGGGAUGGAUAAAAUUUUGCAAUCGACAGGCAGAGGACACAGUGUUACAGUUACCAAUGAUGGUGCAACAAUUUUGAAGUCCCUCCAUAUUGAUAAUCCAGCUGCCAAGGUCCUCGUGGAUAUCUCCAAGGUACAGGAUGAUGAAGUUGGUGAUGGGACAACUUCAGUAGUCGUUUUGGCUGGAGAACUUUUGAGGGAGGCAGAAAAGCUGGUAAAUUCAAAAAUUCAUCCGAUGACAAUUAUUUCAGGUUUCCGGAUGGCAUCUGAGUGUGCACGCAAUGUUCUGGAGCAGAAGGUCGUGGAUAACAAGCAGGAUGCAGAGAAGUUUAGAUCAGACUUAAUGAAUAUUGCAAGGACUACUUUGAGCUCAAAAAUCUUGUCUCAGGACAAGGAGCAUUUUGCAAAACUGGCUGUUGAUGCGGUUAUGAGGUUAAAGGGAAGUACCAAUCUUGAGGCAAUCCAGAUAAUUAAGAAACCUGGAGGUUCAUUGAAGGAUUCAUUUUUAGAUGAAGGGUUUAUUUUGGACAAAAAGAUUGGGGUUGGCCAACCAAAACGCAUCGAAAAUGCUAAGAUUUUGGUGGCAAAUACUGCUAUGGAUACAGAUAAAGUGAAGAUAUAUGGCGCACGUGUUCGAGUUGACUCAAUGGCCAAGGUUGCUGAUCUAGAAGCAGCUGAAAAGGAAAAAAUGAGAGAGAAGGUGCAAAAGAUCAUUAGUCAUGGAAUAAAUUGCUUUGUUAACCGACAGCUUAUCUACAAUUUCCCGGAGGAACUAUUUGCUGAUGCAGGGAUACUUGCAAUAGAGCAUGCUGACUUUGAUGGUAUUGAGCGGUUGGGUUUAGUUACUGGGGGAGAAAUUGCGUCAACCUUUGAUAAUCCAGAGUCUGUCAAGCUUGGCCACUGCAAACUUAUCGAGGAGAUUAUGAUUGGUGAAGAUAAGCUGAUCCACUUCUCUGGGGUUGAAAUGGGUCAGGCAUGUACAAUUGUUUUGAGAGGUGCAAGCCCUCAUGUACUGGAUGAAGCUGAAAGAUCUCUGCACGAUGCAUUGUGUGUACUGUCUCAGACAGUAAAUGACAGUAGGGUUUUACUUGGAGGUGGAUGGCCUGAAAUGGUGAUGGCUAAGGCGGUUGAUGAACUAGCUAAGAAGACUCCAGGUAAAAGAUCUCACGCAAUUGAGGCUUUUACCCGUGCACUUUUGGCAAUUCCAACCACCAUUGCCGACAAUGCUGGAUUAGACAGUGCCGAGCUGAUUGCUCAGCUUCGUGCUGAACACCACAAGGAGGAAAGCAAUGCAGGAAUUGAUGUCAUCUCUGGAUCUGUUGGAGAUAUGGCAGAGCUAGGAAUAUCUGAGUCAUUCAAAGUCAAACAGGCGGUGUUGCUCUCUGCCACUGAGGCUGCUGAGAUGAUCCUAAGGGUUGACGAAAUCAUCACUUGUGCCCCAAGGAGGAGGGAGGGAAUGUAAAAACAAUAUUGGUCAUGUUUAAGCUGUUGAGAUGACUCGUAUUUUAUUAUGGUUUGAGAAUUUGAGAUGGUAGGUGUGGGCUGCAAACGAGCCAAAUGAUAGAUUGCUAUUGGAACCAUGCUAAAAUGCACUCUGCUGAUUAGCUUUUUUGAGGAAAUCUUUUGGUUUGUUUUCAUCAUGUAAGCUUUAAGAAAUUGCAUGCUUCUAGAUUUAGUUGGACAAUAUGUAUGUUCAGUGGGCGAGUUUGGAUAAAGCUUAUUAUUUUUAACUUGGGUGCAAACAUUUGUUCAAUAUGCAGUUCUCACUGAUGACAUCAAUAUUUUGAGUGGCUAUUCUAUAGAAAUUUUUCUAGGGAA